GGCACCCGCAAUAAACCCUUGUCGACCCGUUUCCACCGGAGAGAUAGAGAAAAAAAUAUAAAAUUUUACGGAGAGGGACGUCGUAACGAUGGCUGACAGGGAGAAAAGUGGAGGAGAUAGCAGCAGCAGCGAAGAUGAGGAUCCCAAGUGGAAAGCCGCCAUCAAUUCGAUAGUCACCACCACCGCUUACGCCGCCUCCGCCACGAAGCUCGCAGCUACUACUCAGCAACACGAAGAUGGAGACUUUCGAGUCAAACCUAAAAAGCUAACGCAUGCCCAAAUCAAGGUGAAGAAGCUUUUGAAUGAGAUGGUGGAGAAUACUUUAGACUUUGUGAAAGAUCCUGUCACUGUUGUUCCCCGAGAUGAAGAACCCGAGAAUGACUGUGGAGUUCGGCUGUUUAAGCGGUGUUCAACUGGCAUUGUCUUUGAUCAUGUAGAUGAGCUUCAAGGACCUAAGAAGAAGCCUAAUUUACACCCUUCUAGAGGAGUUCAAGGAAGCUCGAAAGAGUUGAAGAAACGAAUAAAAUCAAUUGCUGUUGACGGGUCCGAUGUCUUGUCUGCUGCUGUGGAAGCAGCUAAGAAAGCUUCAGCUAGACUAGAGGCGAAAGAAGCGGCUGCGAAAGCUAAAGCUAAGAAAGAAGAAGAGAGAGUCGCUGAACUAAAGAAAGUAAGAGGAGAGAAAUGGCUACCUUCCGUUGCACGUGCAUUGCAGCUAAACAAAAAUUCGACGGGGAGAUCUGCAAAAUCGUAAACAUCCAUUCAAUCAAGUUCUAAGUUUGGAGAGAGAGAGAGAGAGAGAGAGAGAGAGAGAGAGAGAGAGAGAUCAUCUGGUCUUUUUGAUGUAGUGAGAGUGAAGUUCUUCAGGGAUGUUGUCUUCGUCUUUAAUCUAAACGAAUUAUUCUAUUCCAUCAUAUAUAUUGUCCUCAACUUUUGCAUGA